GUCUAUGUCUAUAGUUAACAGAGCAAUAUUAAAAAAUGCAUCGUAUUCUGGUAAUAACAUUCACUACAAUUUGGGGUGGUUGAGGGAUUCUUUGGUAGAGCUUUUGGAGUCGUUUCUCUGGUGGUGUUGGUGGCGCUGCGUGGCUGCGACCACAGGCUGAGUGCAUCCAGUGACACGGCGCUGGGAUGAGUGGUGGAGCUGACCGCUGGGACGUGUCCAAGUAGACACCUGCAAUACCCGUCAACACAUACAGCAUUAAACCCUCUUCAAGAUGGGGCAGUGUGGCAUCACGUCGUCAAAGACGGUCCUGGUCUUUCUGAACCUAAUAUUUUGGGCUGCUGCUGGCAUCCUGUGCUAUGUUGGGGCAUACGUCUUCAUUACAUACGAUGACUACGAUCACUUCUUUGAAGAUGUGUACACUCUCAUCCCAGCGGUGACAAUUAUUGCGGUUGGAGCCCUCCUUUUCAUUAUUGGGCUCAUUGGAUGCUGCGCUACUGUGAGAGAGAGCUCCUGUGGUCUGGCAACGUUUGCCGUUAUUCUCCUGCUGGUGUUCAUGACUGAAGUGGCUGUGGUGGUUCUUGGUUAUAUUUAUAGGGCAAAGGUUGAGAAGGAAGUAAAUGUUUCCAUCAAGAAGGUGUAUGAUGAGUACAAUGGCACCAACAGCAAUGCCCAGAGCCGUGCCAUCGACUACAUUCAGAGACAGCUUCAGUGUUGUGGGAUCCACAAUUACUCAGACUGGCAGAAUACACACUGGUAUGAACAAUCCAAAAACAACAGCGCACCCAUCAGCUGUUGCAAAACAAACGUUGGAAGCUGCAGGGGGUCUCUCACACAUCCUGAAGAUCUCUACCAAGAAGGUUGUGAAGCUAUGGUUGUGAAGAAGUUGAAGGAGAUCAUGAUGUAUGUCAUUUGGACCGCACUGACAUUUGCUACAAUCCAGAUGCUGGGGAUGUUGUGUGCAUGUGUCGUGCUGUGUCGCAGAGCCAGAGAUCCUGCCUAUGAGCUUCUUAUUACAGGAGGCACCUAUGCCUAAAGGAGAACACAUUUCUUACCAUAACACACUUUUAGAACUAAGGUGUCAUUGGUGAGAGCAUGACAAUAAUAUAUUACCUCACUAGCAACAACACUAAAGUUCUAUAUUUGACCUGUUUUUUCAAAAAAGCUAAAGACCAAAUUGUUAAAUGGUCAAUCUAAAGGAAAUAUAGAAAACUGAUACUUAGGAUGGCACAAGGGCAUAAAACAAAAGUUGCAACUGUUCUAUGAAUCCUGGAGGACCGCCAGAGUUAAGCACUGCCUCUUGCGCCAGUGAGGAUGAAAUGGAACCUCUUAUGUGGAGCAAAAUAACGAUGGGAUGUUUCCUUAUGUUAGUUUGCACUGUGUAUGGCUUUGACAAUUUUGUAUUUAAAUUUGAAAUUUUGAUUAAAUUAAAUUAACCUCCA